UGUAUUUACCGUAUUUACAAUACUUCUUGUUUACACACGUUUAAAUUAUUGUGUACAAUUUCCGAUCAAUAAAUGUCAGAAUAAAAUCGAUCUUGCGAUCAACAAGCAAUGGAUACAGAUAUCAACGGAAAAAGACAGCGAUAUUUAACAUGGGACCAGUAUUUUAUGGCAGUUGCCUUGGUUUCUGCAGAAAGAAGCAAAGAUCCUGUAACGCAGGUUGGAGCUUGUAUUGUUAAUACAGACAAUAGGAUAGUUGGCAUAGGAUAUAAUGGUAUGCCUAAUGGUUGCAGUGAUGAUGAUAUGCCUUGGGGGGAAAAUUCAAAAAACAUUCUUAAUACGAAAAAAUUAUACGUGUGUCAUGCGGAGAUGAACGCCAUUGUUAACAAGAUAUCUGCAGACAUCCGGGGAUGUAAGAUGUACGUCACGCUUUAUCCUUGUAAUAACUGUGCAAAAAUUAUCAUACAAUCUGGUAUUAAACACGUGGUUUACUAUGAUGAUAAAAAUAGACAUAAAGACGAGGCUAAGGCGUCACAGUAUAUGUUUGAUAAAGCAGGAAUACCAAUCAGGAAGUAUAAUUCGACUUCUACACAGCUUAACAUUGGAACUUUGAAGAGCAGAUUAUGACCAUACACAUAUAUAUAAACAAAACCGUACAAGAAAGGAAAACAUAAGAUUUAUUUAUAGGGCUUUAUAAACAUUGAGAAAGCGAGGCUCGUCGAGUUUUGCUCCUAUUUUGGAAAGAGUUUAUUUAAGUUUGUUUGUAUACAAUACGAAAAUCGUUUUCAUUCUGCAAUUUUACAUCUGAAUUUGUGAGUUGUUUCCAAUCCCAAUCGUUGCAUUAAUUUAAUCGACAAUACAUAAAAGCUGACGACAACGAGGACUUGAAAUUAAACUGUAGGGUAAACAGUGGUUUGAACAUAACCGUUUGCUCGCAACAGAAGCAGGAUACAAGAAGGCUGUAAUCAUAUAAUGUACGUUAUAGCAUCGUGUGAUCUGUAAACCUGUUUUAGUUAAGCAGAAAGGUCGAUUGAAGAUAAAACAAGUUAAAUGCGUCAUAAGCGUAUCAUAUAGGGUCACAAGCAUAUUUGACCAGACUUGUCAGGGGUAUAGCAGAUAAGCUAGAGCUACAUAUACUUGAGAAAUAUAACAAUUGAAACUUAAGGCCACUUUGAGAAGUCUAAUGCCUUGUUGAUAUGAGAAAAAUAAAUGUCUGCAUGUAUAUUCCGCUACUUUUUCGCAUUUUAAUUGUUUCACUUCGAUUAUGUCGAGGCAAGUGAUAGUCGGCUAUACUCUAUGGGAUUAACUCAUUGUUGAAGGACAUAAGAUUGACCGUAAUUGCACUCAUACUGAACCUCACUUACUUAGAAUUUUAGUGAAUAUAUAUCGAAUAAUUGGCAAUACUAUCACGUCAUUUUAUAAUAUUUAUAUUAACAUCGCCAUAUUCUUUAUUUUAAGUUCAAAAUGAGAAGUCUAUUAUGUUGUGGUUGUUAUUGCUUGAUGUCUGCAAUAUGUGUUUUUCAUUGAAUGUUGUAAAUAAGGCCCUCAGUUUUCGUUUGAAUUGUUACACAGUUUUUAUGUCGGGGCUUCUUAUUGCUUACUAUAAUGUAUAGAGUUUUCUGAUGAAUAAAG